ACCUUGAAAUGUCAAAAUAAACAUUCAUAUGUUCAUCACUUUCAUCAGCUGUCAGAGUCAAAGAAUAAUAUCAACAUGUUUUAAUUGUGGAAAUGGAUUGUGAGAAAUAUGUAAAAAAAUACAAUUUUCAAUGCUUUUUUGUUUUAUAUUGUUGAACAAUCAUUAUUAAAUGACAUUUAUUAUUGUGGAAGUCUUAUCUAAAAAUAGUUGUUGAUGAUUGAAGCUUCAUCCUUUGUGAUAGUAGAAAAUAUUUAUUAAUUUAAAAUGUCUACCCCAGUUCAAGAGAAUAAUUUCAACUUUAAUAACUCACCAAAUCAAAAUGCACAAUCACCUCUUGAAUUCUCAUAUUCCCACAGUGUUAAUACAAUUUCUUCAGUUAGGGAUUAUAUCAUUUCUGAAGAUUUGAUGGCUGGACAAAGGCUAGAUGGAAGGAUGUCGAAUGUUAGGCGGUUUUUCUGUCUGUUUGUUACUUUUGACUUUUUGUUUACAUCCUUAAUGUGGCUUAUUUGUGUCAUGCUAAAUGGUGAAUAUAUAGUUACUGCAUUAUCAGAACAAGUUAUUCAUUAUAAUAUUCACACUUCCCUAUUUGAUAUUGUGUCUGCAGCCUUCCUUAGAUUUUCCAUUUUGAUAGUCUUUUAUGCAUUCUUUUAUAUAAACCAUUGGAUUGUGAUAUCGUUAUCAACUGCUUCCACAUGUGUGUUCCUCAUUGCAAAAGUAUUUUAUUAUGACUGGCCACAUUCUUCUCAACCAGUUUUUGAGGUACUUUUAGUUUUGGUAUCAUUUAUUUUAGCUUGGGGUGAAGCUUGGUUCCUAGAUUUUAAAGUUAUACCUCAGGAAGUACAUGCCAGCAGGUUUUUAACAUCUGCCGAGUCUGAGAGAGCUCCUUUGAUAAGAAGUUAUGUGCAAGGUCUGCCAUCUUUAUAUACUGACAGCAUUGGAAAUUUCUACUCUCCUCGGGGAUCCCCAGAAGGUUCUAUGUACAGAUUUGAGCAGACUCCCAAUACAUGUUCAUUUUUACCUGUUAGCUUCUCAAGAGAUCAGGAGGAGAAAUAUAAGAUCCUAGCCAAUAAAACCCUUCAAGAGGCAUGGGAAUUGUUUCAAAUGAAGGACUGGAAAGUUAAUCGUCAAAAUGAAAAUGAUAUUGUAUUUAGUGGGACAAAUCGAAAUGGGAAAAAAAUUUUCAAACUUAAGGUACAAUUAGAUACAUCACCUGAUCACCUUUUAGAAGAGCUAUUUUUUCGAAUUCAAGAUCUUCCAAAAUGGAAUACUGCUAUCAAAGAAUCACAGAAAAUUCAGUCAUUUGAUGAGCACACUGACAUAACUUAUCAAAUAUCUAAAGAUGCUGCUCGAGGGUUAGUCUCUAGUAGGGAUUUUGUCAAUUUGAGGCAUUGGUCAGUUAUUGAUAAGUGCCAAGUAAUUUGUAAUUACAAAACAGAGCAUCCAUCUGUACCAGUUAAUGAUAAAAUUGUCAGGGGGGAAAAUGGUGUAGGUUGUUAUGUGAUAGAACCUACUGAAGAUACACAUAAAUGUAUUUUAUACUGGAUAGUAGAUAUUGAUCUCAAAAUGUGGAUACCAAGCCAAAUUUUUGAAAAAGAAAUGGCACAAAUGAUGUUCAAAUUCACAGAUGAUUUGAGAAACCACAUAUCUUCAAAAAAGACUCAGGAGGUAGUGUGAAGUGACUGAAAAGUACCAGGAAAUAUUUUAUUUUUGCAAUUGUACAGUGUUGCUGGUUACACACGUCUAUUUUAGAAGAAAAUAUGGUAUUCAUCCAGGACCAGUUUAGAUAGGAAGUAGAGUGCUGCCUGCAAGUAUCUGACUUAAGUUGAAUUUAAGAUUGUAUAUUUUCAAGUAUAUUUAGGGCUCUGGAAAGGUGCUAUCUCAAGAGAAAAAUAUUCAUGUGAUGAAAUGUAAGACUUUUUGAGACUAGUAAAGUUUGAUUUAUAUUAUUUUUUCAUAUUUAUAAUAAACUACGAUUAUCAACUGA